AUGGGCGCCGUGGGACGCCUGCCGGAGCCCCCGCCGCCGUGGGGGCCCGACCGCCUGGCGCUGUUCUCGAGCGGGCGCGCCGAGGUGUCCCUGAGCGACGGGACAGGCGUCAUCAUCCACCCCGGCGCGCAGCGUGUCACCUACUUCCGGCGCGGCGGGGAGGCGCAGCGGCUGCUGUCGGCGUGCCUGCCGCGGCUGAGCGCCACGGGGGAGAGGGAGGGCACAGAGCGCUCCAGGCCGCGCCACGACGACGUGCGCGCCAAGGUCGGCGCCGCGGCCUGCCUGCGCAACCGCUUCCACCCGUGCCCCUCGGCCGCGCCGGGCACCUGCGGGGAGGGGCCGCGGGCGUGGCGGCACGUGAGGCUGGGCAGCGCCAGGUGGCCAGGCGCGAGCGCAGUUGUCAGUUCAGACGCGGACGCGGCGAUCCGCGUCGACGCGGCCGACGGCGUGGCCUCCCUGGUGCUCGCGCCCCCGCACAGGACUUACGCCGUGGAGUGGUGGUGCCCGCUGAACCAGCCCUGCGAGGUCCGGGGCCUCGGCGUGCCUCCGGGCGGCGAGCCGCAGGUGCCGCCCUCCCGCGGCCAGCGCCUCUUCGAGGCGGCGGGCGCGGCGGUGGGCGUCCUCCACGAGCACGCGCUGCAGCGCCAGUGCCUGCUGGUGGCGGAGCCGCCCCCCGCCGCGUGGGCCUACCCGCUGCUCCUGGCGCUCGAGGCGGCCGCCUGGGAGGGCGGCCCGGCGGCCCCGUUCCUGGCGGCGAGGCUCGAGGCCGUGGCGGCGGCCGUGCGGCGGCACGAGGCCGAGGGCCACAUCCGCGGCGCGCCGGCGGGCGGCGGCGUGUGUGCCCCGCUGCCCUGCGCGGGGGCGGCCGCCACGGCGGCGGGCGCCUGGGGCAGCGACGGGGCGUCGCCGGCCGCCAUGCUGGGAGCGGGCGGCGAGGGGCCUGUGCGCGUGGUGUGGACGCCGGAGGCCACGACGUGGUUGCACUCGGACCUCGCAGAGGCCACCAUCGUCCCCUCUGGGGUCUGCGAGGGGAGCGGCCAGGGCGCCAGCCACGCCAUCGCCUCCUCCCUGCAAGGGCGCUUCUGGAGUCACAUUGGCCGUGACGGGCAGCUUGUGGAGGUGACGGUGGCGGGUUUGCUGCCUCUGGACUGCUCGAGCAUGGCCCUCUCGCGCCUCGUCGCGGACGCGGCCCGUUGGCUGCGCCACAACGCUGCCGAGGGCGCGCACGCAGCGGAGGCGCAGCUUCUCGAGCAACCGGCGCCAGCGAGCCUGGAGCUCGCCAGGGACCAGGUGGCACCCCGAUUUGAGCAUUCCGAGCCAGGGGUGGGACGUGUGGCAGUGCAUGGACCAGCUGUUUGCUCCAGCGAGGCUGCGCAAGCCUCGAGGCCACUGGUCGUGGUGCAGUUCUUCGACGGUGCGCGUGUGGAGUUCACUACCCCAGUUGAUUCGCGCGGGACCCCGGGGACGCCAACUUGUGGGGACACGUUCCGCUUGCUGGACCCUCAAGGCGCUGUGUUGAGGCGCACCUUCGGGGCGCCGGCGGGCGGCGAGCGCUACGCGCGGCAGGCCCUCGCGCUGCUGCGCCGGGCGGUGCACCCCAGGGCCGAGGACGACGCAGCCGCGGUCAGCGCGGUGCUCGCGGCCUCGCAGCUGCGGCGGGCGGCGCUGCUGCUGCACCAGCGGGGGGUCCUUGGGCCGGAGCUCGCCGCUGGGCAGGAGCUCCAGGACCACCCCGAGGGCCACCGGGUCGCCAGCUUGGCGCUGCCGCCGAGCCCGGACGAGGCCCUGCGCCGCAGCCGGGCGGCGUGUGCCGACAUUGAGGCGACGCUCGGCGAAGCGGCGCUCGACGGCGGGAUGCAAGAAACUGCGCAUCACUGCUCGGAGGGAUGGCCUGGCUUCUGGAGAGGGCAGAAGGCAGCGCUGGCAUGA